CUAGAAAAUGUGAUUUGUCGAUUCUCUUGUGCGAUCAGGGUAGAUUGGAAAUGUGGAUCGACAUGUUUCAAGUAGGCGAAGUUCCUCUGAAACCGCCGGUCGACAUCAGCCCGCCCGUGCCCGAGGAAUACGAAAUUCGCGUGAUCGUUUGGAACACGGAAGAUAUACCUCUCGUGGAAAGUCAAUUUCUUACGGGUGAAAAGUGCUCCGACAUUUACGUUAAAGGGUAAAUUUGUGAAUAAAUAGCGAUAACCUCUAAGAAGAUUUGGCUUAUCUUCGUCUGAUCGUCUGAUAUUAAGAAAUCAAUCGCAGUUGGAUCACUUACGACGAUUACCAAAAGACCGAC